AAAGGGCUCCUCCAAAACCUCAACUCUCUUCAACAAUUUUGGAUUUGGGACUGCCCAAAGCUACGGUCCUUGCCGAGGAAAGGCCUGCCUUCAUCGCUUGGAUUUCUCUGGAUCUUUGACUGUCCGCUUAUAAAACGACAACGCUUUGAGGAGAAAGGAGAAUAUUGGUCUCUUACCCGUACCAUCCCUCGCGUCCAAAUAGAUUUUGAUGAGCUAUAACCACCAAAGCCAAUUGUUACCUUAGUGAAAUCUGGAAUGAAGCUACAGACUUAUUAUUGAGAAAACAUGCACCUAGCUCAUGACUUACAAAUUGUUGAUGUUCUUUAAUGCUUUAUUUCAAGGUUUUGACGCUUCUAUUGCAGCGGGAGCCAAGGACGUAAGAACAGCUGCCUCAGCUUCAGAGUCUUUUUCAAUGUCAAAAACCAAGUCAAGUAUUGAAGAUAGUCUUACUCAUUGCUUUGAUGUUAUUUCUACUGCAAGAGAGCUUUCAAUUCCUGUUGGUGGAUACAUAUCAUGUGUCAUGGGUUGCCCUGUAGAAGUAAUGGUGCCUCCAUCAAAAUUUGCUUAUGUGGGCAAACAACUUUGUGAUAUGGGUUGCCAUGAAAUUUCUCUUGGUGAUACAACUGGUGUUGUCACACCUGGAACUGUCAUUCAAAUGUUUGAAGCUGUUCUUGAUGUUGUUCCAAUUGAUAAGCUUGCUGUCCAUUUCCAUGACACUUAUGGGCAAGCCCUUUCAAAUAUUUUAGCAUGUCUCCAAGUUUCAGGUCUUGGAGGUUAUCCAUUUAAUCCUGAGUUUCAUCAGGAAAUGUGGCCACUGAGGAUGUUGUUUACAUGCUUAAUGGACUUUGGAGUAAAAACCAGUGUGGAUCUUGAGAAACUCAUGUCUGCUCUGCUGGAGAUUUUUAUCUGUGAGCAUUUGGGAAGGACAUCAAGUUCAAAGGCCACAGUUGUCUUGAGUUUGCAAGCAAAGUCUUUUAUUCUCAGUACUUCCUAUCACUGACUUGAAUUAUGCUCUUGUAUCUAGAAUUAAUGGUAGAUGAGAAAGACAAUGACUUGUUUCAGGAUGCAACUUCGAUAUAAAUGACUCAUUGAAACCUUGGAUUACUUAGGUUUUGUUCAUGAUGAAUAUGAAAUUUGUGAGGGCAACGAUUAUUUCAAAUUCUAAUAGAAAUUAUGUUGACUA